UAAGAGAAGAAAAGAAAAGAAAAAAUCAGGUAGAGCCAACCGGGCAGUAGUGACUAGUGUAACGUUCGAAGGAGUAGCGUGUCACAGUCUAUGCUUUGCUCUCUAAAAUCGACAUCUUGCAUUUUUUGUUUUCUCUUCGCUGAUACAAUCAAAAAGCUUUUGCCCUUUUCCCUCUGCAACGUCCCCUUCACUUUCUCUCUCUUUCAAAGCUGCCUUUUUUUCCUCACUAUUUUAAGUCCAUAACCGCUCAACAAAAACAAACUUAGUUUUUGCUUCUCUCACUUUCCCGAUACAACAAAAAAAAAGAGAGUCCUGCAGAGCCAAGAGUUGUCCAAAAACCAUGCUUUCGAGGGUGAACGGCGGUGUCGUUUGGAUGGAAGAUAAAGAAGAUGAAGAAUCUGCUUCAUGGAACAGGACCAACAACAGCAACAGCAACAAUAACAAUAGUGUUAUCAUGGAGAACAAAGAAGAGAUGGGUUCGUUAUCUACAUUCAAAUCCAUGUUAGAAGAAGAAUGGUACGUAGCAAACAACAGUAUUUCAAGCCAUCAAGAUAUUAGAGACCUUUCAUUCUCACCAAAUCUUGCUGACCAUCAAGAUAAUAUUUUGCUGCAUCAUCAUCAUCAGCAGCAGCAGCAGCACCAUCCAGUGGAUUCUUCCUCUUCCUGUUCACCAUCUUCCUCUGUUUUCAACAAUCUUGACCCCUCUCAGGUACACUACUUUUUGCAACCAAAACCAACCUUAUCUUCACUCCUUAACGUUGUUUCUAAUAACCCUUUAGAGCAUGGGUUUGAUUUGAGCGAAAUUGGGUUCCUUGACAACCAAGCAACAAAUGCUACUACUCUGUUGAACAGGGGAAAUGCUGGGGUUUUGGGUAGUUUCACUGAGUUAAGCCAUGGUAAUCAGAUAGACACUGCUAAUUUGUGUGCCGAGACUCAGUUUUCGAGUUCUAGGAUGGUUCAGCUACCGGAAAAUGGUGCGGGGUUCGCGGGUUUUCAAGGAUUUGAUGAGAAUCCUGGAACUGCUCUGUUUUUAAAUAGGUCGAAGUUAUUAAGGCCACUGGAAAGUUUUCCUUCAGUCGGAGCACAACCAACUCUUUUCCAAAAAAGAGCAGCUUUGAGGAAGAAUUUAGCUGAUAAUGGAGGGAAUUUCGGGUUGUUAGGUGGAGGAAAGGUUAAUGCUCUGAAUGGAAUUGAGGGAGAUGAAGGGAAAAAAGAAAUGGAUGAAGAGAAUGAGAAGAGGAAUAUUAUCAAUAGAGAUGAUCUAGAAGAUGUGAGUAUUGAUGGGUCUGCUCUAAAUUAUGAUUCAGAUGAGUUUACUGAGAAUAACAAGGUGGAGGAAACUCUUAAAAAUGGUGGGAAUACUUCGAAUGCAAACAGUACUGUCACUGGAGGAGAUCAAAAGGGUAAAAAGAAAGGGCUUCCUGCUAAGAAUUUGAUGGCUGAGAGGCGCCGUCGAAAGAAACUCAAUGAUAGGCUAUACAUGUUGCGGUCUGUUGUUCCGAAGAUUAGCAAAAUGGAUAGAGCUUCUAUUCUUGGGGAUGCAAUUGAGUACCUGAAGGAACUUCUGCAAAGGAUCAAUGACCUCCACAAUGAAUUGGAGUCAAACCCUCCUAGCUCUUCACUCACACCUACAACAAGCUUCCAUCCUCUGACGCCCACGCCAGUUACCUUGCCCAGUCGUAUCAAGGAUGAACUUUGCCCCAGUUCAUUACCCAGUCCAAAUGGGCAGCCAGCAAGGGUUGAAGUAAGGCUGAGAGAAGGAAAAGCUGUAAACAUCCACAUGUUUUGUGGCCGCAGACCAGGCCUCCUGCUGUCCACAAUGAGGGCUUUGGACGACCUGGGGCUAGACAUCCAGCAAGCAGUCAUUAGCUGUUUCAAUGGUUUUGCCAUGGAUAUCUUUCGAGCCGAGCAAUGCAAGGAAGGGCAGGACAUCCAUCCUGAGCAGAUCAAAGCUGUACUUCUGGAUUCGGCCGGCUUCCAUAACAUGAUAUAGUUUUUCUUCAGCAACUGUAUCUGAACUACAAACAGACUUGUUAUCUCCAAAGAGAAAGUGAGCAAGGUGCAUUUUGUUUCAAGUGUGUACGAGUCCAACCUUGAGAGCUUUAAAUUAGUUUGAACUAAAAGCUUUUGGAAGAAUUUGAGAAUCUGUAAUCUUUGAGCUAUUUUUUUUUUUUGAGCUUCUUAAUAAA